CGGGCAACCGACACCGCUCGCGUUUUUUUUUUAUGCAGAAGUCGAGUGUAAAGAUCGUGAAAACGCUGCGAAUACAGAAUUCCUCUUUCUGAAAAUUAAUUGGUAAUUCUAAAUUUAAAGUGUUAUGCAAAGUAACGCGAAUGCAUUUCUGUAAAAGUUGCUCCGCAGCUCUGAUGGAUCAUGCACGCAGCAAUUGGUGUUUGCGGCUCAAGCAGCUGCGCACACAGCCGCCUGCUGCAAAUGUUGCGCUGCGGCCAGCUGCCAGUGUGUAAGUCGGUAGGGACCGAGCUCUCUGUGGGACAGCUGGUCUCCCUGGAACCAUGAACGAGCAGCUCAACCACGAGCUGUCCCUCGAUGGCAGCGAAGCCCCCCUGUGCGCCAAGGACUCGACUUUACUGUCCGAUUGUGACUCGUCCCCAAAGCACCGGGACCACCCUUUGAGCAGCUGCCCCCUUCUCAUCUACCCUGUGAGCAUUGACAGAGUGCUCCCUGCUAGCUCCGUGGCUGUCAAAACAACAGUCAAGAUUGCUCCAGCUGCCGUGCCAGCGCCAGUGCAGGGUAUGUCGGGAGACGAUGGUGAGGCGGGUUCGCACUUUGCCCCGCGGACCCCGGCCUCGGCAGCCUCUCCUCCUGAGUUCACCCACCAGGCCAUCGUGCGCCUGAUCGAGGCGGUGGGUCGACGCUGGGACAUGUAUGGCUCACGCGAACGCACCCGCCUCUUCCACAGCGUCCAGCAGGAGCUGGCGGAGCAGGGCCAUGCGCUGCCCAUGGAGAGGAUCCGCCGCAAGUGGAACAACCUUGUUGUCACCUACAAGCGGGUGAAGGACCGGUGCCGUGAGACAGGCCAGGCCAAGACCUCGUGGGAAUACUACGAGUCCUCGACUCGCUGCCCCUCUCCCCCUGAACAGAUGCUGGACACUAUGUUGGGGAAGACCAUUGGUGCUCAGGCCGCUACUGCAGCUUCAGCAACGCUGGUCGGCAUGACAACCACCACCAAGGCCACAUCAUCUGUAGAGCUGCCAUCAUCCAGUCAUACGGUGGCGGCGGCUGCCAAGCCCUGCGUGUUCGCUAGCAGCCUCAUGGCUACGUCCACCCCGAUCCCCACGCUGGUGCAGUCCGUGAUCCCGUCGGUGCCGGCUACCCCCAACACCGUCUCCAGCCCUCUGGGAAACGCUGACGCUCACCAUCCCCGGCGUGCAGCAGGACCAAGCCGGCUGCGCGUGGGACCCAGGCUGCGAAUCGGCCCCUCUGGCUCGGCCGCCUCUUUCUCGGCGCAGCAGAAUGGCCCGGCAGCAAAGCGCACCACUCUGCUGCGUAGCUUCCUGUCCUCCCAGGAGGAGCGGGCGCAACUAGAGGAGGAGCGGCUGCAGAGGGCGGAGGCCCGCGAGAAGAGGAGGGAGAAGAGGGAGAUCCGGAUGGCCGAUGCCUUGGGCCGUAUGGCCGCAGCGCUGGAGCUGGUCUCCUCCAAACAGGACACCAUCAUCGCUCUGCUGCAAAGGGUUGCCGACAAGCAGUGAUACGUGAGCAGAGCAUCGCUAAGGCCACUGGGACAACGAGCCAAUGUACCUGCACAGGUGAAGCUCACAGUGAUUUCUGAGUGAACCAGAGAACCAGUUACUUCACAGAGUAAUUUUAAUGUGAGUAGUAAUUUGAAUUUUAGUUUAAGAGACCACCUCAAGGGUGACUGUCUCUGCUGCUCCAAGUGGCUGCAGGUCGCCGUGGCUACAGAAGUCACCCGAUCGAUGGCUGGCGCUCCAAACGCUCUGUGAAUAUGUGCUAAUAUAGCACUCUCUUUGUGAAACACCACCUGUGUGACGUACGAAUAAUGUUUAUGUUUAAUG